ACGGACCAGCUUUACGAAGACCUCCUAUCUCAAGCAUCCCGGGGAUAUAUCGAAGACACGGAGCGACUCGUUAAAUACCUGAUCAGCGAGCGGGCACAGCAGCCGAACCUGCGAUUGUACCGCGCCUUGGUUCUGGCCAACAUAAACCCCCCACAUGGCUCCGCGGAGUCGGUGAUAUCCAUUCUUCAGGAACUCGCAGACGAAGGUCUCGAACCGGAUGCGGCACUGUGCCACAGUGUGAUCAAAGUCCUCGCGGUGCAUCCAGACUUCAUUCUUCGAAACGAGGUUCUGGAAUACGUCAGUCAACGAUGGUACAAUUUGCCUUCAUCGUAUCAUUACGAUGUGGUGUCAGGCUUGAUACGGGAGGGACAGUUCGAAAUGGCCAUCAAAAAGCUGGAGGACAUGUGGGUCAGGGCAAUCCCAUUUCCCAACUGGUUACGAGGUAUGCUUAUCCACAGUCUCUGCAAUGUGGAGGAGAUCGAAGAAGCUUUUCGUCAAGUCAAGCUUGCGGAAGAGCAAGCGCCCAAUGCGCUUACGGGACCGAUCUGGUAUCAUUUCUUAGAUGCAGCGAGCAGCAUUCACCAUUACGAUGCCACCCUUCAUGCAUGGAAGAGGAGGAUCAGCACAUGGUAUCUCAAUCCGCCGACAGGAAUCUGCUUGAACGUCCUUGAGACUGCUUCAAGAGCAGGAGACGUCAAGCUCGCUUUGGACGUUUUCCGCGUGCUCGGGAACAGGAAGCAUGUCUUCACCGUGGACCAAUACGAUGCUCUCAUCGACACCCAUAUCAAAGAGAAAAACCUCCCUGGGGCGUUUUCCAUCAUGUGUACCAUGGCGAGCGCCGGUGUAUCUCCGGAUAGGGGGAGCACCCGGUCCACAUUUACAUAUAUGAAGGAGAGCAAGACGAACUGGAAUACCACCAUGGGUAUGCUUCAAUAUCUAAAACGGCAGGGAAAAGACAUCCCAGUUGAGGCUGUCAACGUGGUCUUAGAGACUAUGGCCUCCAGUGCUCAAAUGCUAGGACCCGCCAUGGACAUCUACAACAACCUUCACGAGCUCUGCAAAUUUGGAGCGAACAUCACCACCUUCUCACACCUCUUCCGGUGUUGUCGAACAUCUAUCAACGCGGACCGAAAGGAUACGGCCAUGUACCUCGCCUCAGAGAUGAUUGCGCUCAAGGUCACCCCGAAUGCCACUGUUUUCGAUGAUAUCAUUGGCACCUGCACGAGGACGGGCGACCUAGAUUACGCAAUCCAAUAUUAUGCGGAAAUGAGGGAUGCCAACUUCAAACCGACCGAAGCGACCCUCAACCAGCUAACCGUCGCCUUGGCGAAAAACAAGGACCGACGCUGCUAUCAGCUCCUG